GCAUAUCAACCAUGUCUCCCCCGCCACCGAGACCCUUUGUCCAGCCUGGCGAGCCUCUAAGCGACUUCCUUCGCUCAUUCUGGCAGCGCCAGAUCGAUGCCGCAGAGCAGGAGACCCCUGACUAUCGUCACCCGCCUUUGCCCCUUGCACGGAUAAAGAAGGUUAUGAAGAGCGACCCGGAUGUCAAAAUGAUAGCAGCAGAUGCGCCCAUCCUCUUCUGCAAAGCUUGUGAAAUCUUCAUCUCAGAAAUCACCGCUCGCGCAUUCAUCAUCGCCGACUCCAACAAGCGCCGCACCCUCUCCCGCUCCGACAUCGCCAAGGCACUUGCCAAGUCCGACCAGUUUGACUUCCUCAUCGACAUUGUCCCCCGCGAGGAAAGCCUCGCUGUCAUGCACCCGGGGACUUCGCAGUCCGGAACGGGCCCCUCGUCGAGCCAUAUCGCGCAAGCCGGGGGAGGCGGUGGGGAGACGAAGCAUCAUCCGUCGAGUAGUCGAGAUCAGACAGGAGAUAUGUCUGUGGAUGGCUCCGAGCAGGCCGAGGGGCUCUCCUCUUCACAUGUGCUCGACCAGGUGAGUGAGUACAACUUUCUCUAGUACAUGCCCACGAAUUGCGCUCGUCUCGUCUCGAAAGGGUUACGUUUGACCUCCUGUACGGUUUCGAAAGUCCGGUCUGCAUAUUUCCUACUGUCUUUGGCUUGUCUGUUUGCUUAUAGACCUCUGUUGUUGUCCCUGCCAUGUCACGUUCCGCCUGUAUACCAGCU